CAAAUAAUCGCCAACCUCUUGUUCAUUUCUAGUCUAAAAGCAGCAACUUCUUCGAAAUAUCACACACAGAAUCAUAAAUUCAGAGCAGAUUCACAGAUGGAAAUUAAUUAAGCCUAGAAUUUCUGAAAUCGACUGAUGGGCUGUGAAAUUAGUAAAAGCAGCCAUCACUCUACGGCGGCGUCGCCGCCAGGUCGAACCAUUUCCACCUCAGUUAACCCAGAUGACGCUAAUCUGAGCUCCUAUGAAGCCGCCUGCAGAGCCGAUCCGGAUCUCAGGAACUUCGAUGCGAACCUCCAAGCUCGGACGAGCCGAGCCAUCAACUCCAUUGCUGUGAGCCUCGAUGUUCAAAGCGUCUCCCUUGACUCCCUCCGGGAUGUAACUGAAUGUCUCCUUGAAAUGAACCAAGGAGUAGUCGAAAUGAUACUCCAAAAUAAAAGGGAUAUUUGGAAAAGUAAAGAAUUAUCCGAUCUUGUUGAUGAUUAUUUCGAAAAUAGUCUCCAAACCCUAGAUUUUUGCACUGCCCUUGAGUCCUGCCUCAAACGCGCUUCUCAUAUUCAAUCCAUAGUCAAUGUCGCCCUCAGAAAAUUCGAGGAAGAACAUUUUGGGGAUUCGGAAAAUGGAUAUGUCAAAAAUUAUUCAAAAACUUUAGAGGAAUUGAGGAAUUUUAGAGGGACGGAUGAGCCCUUUACAGAGGAGUUUUUUAACUUGUUUAAUUCGGUGUACAAACAGCAAAUCCUGAUGUUGGAGAAACUGCAAGCAAAGAAGCGAAAGCUGGACAAGAAGUUGGGUAAAUUGAAGGCAUGGAGGAAGGUGUCGAAUGUGAUAUUCGUGGUGGCCUUCGCCUCGGUUUUGAUAUGCUCGGUGGUGGCAGCUGCAGUCAGUGCACCUCCGGUGUUAACUGCAUUGGCUGCAGCUGCCUCGGUGCCUUUGGGGUCGAUGGGGAAAUGGCUUAACUCGAUUUGGAAGAAGCACGAGAACGAGUUGAUGAGGCAAAGGGAAAUACUCCUCACAAUGCAGAUUGGGAAUUACAUUAUGAUUAAAGAUUUGGAUGGUAUUCGUGUCCUAGUCGACAGGUUUCAGAUUGAGAUAGAGGCACUGCUGGCAAAUGCUGAUUUUGCAAUGAGGGAAGAUGAGGCAGUGGUGAUCGCGGUUGAGGAGAUCAAGAAGAAUGUAAAUGGAUUUAUGAAAACUAUACAGGACUUGAAUGAUCACGCCGAUAGGUGUAGUCGAGAAACAAGAAUGGCAAGAGCAUUAAUAUUGCGAAGAAUUAUGGAUCAUCCUAAUGGCUCCAACCGGAAUUAGUAUGUUUUCUUGAUGACUGAAUUCUAUUUUUCCAAUUUUGUUUUGAAUAAUGUACAUUAUACUAUUAUAGUCCAUCUGCAAAGUAGUAUAGCAAAAUAAUUGUUAACAAUGUAUCAUUACUAAAUUAGCCAAAUUGAAAGGUUACACAUUUCAUGGAUAUAAACGACACUGUUUGAUAGAUCUGCCCUUCUCUUUUAA